CUGAUGCUGCCGUAUCGGAUGAGGAGAAGGAAGAGGGGAGAGAGAGAAAAGAAAACGGCUUUGCGGCCAGAAGGAAGGCUAUCCCGUGACGGAUUGUGGAUGCAAAGAACUUCGACAGACAAGCAGAUAUUUUUCGAAUCGCUUCUGAAGCUACAUCUUUCUGCACAAGGAGGCCGGUGAAGGAUGAAUCUUGACACCAGCGGCGGCAGGAGCGCAAGCGGGGAUGCUGUGAAAUGUCCAUAGACGGCGAGGGAGGGAGAGAGCAAGGGAGAGAAGGAGAGGGAGGGAGGAGAGUACUACGCCAGCUAAAGAUGCUUGUUUUUUGUAGAACCACGAUGUAUUACAACCAUCCAAUCGAGCAUUUUAAAUAAUAGAGAAAAUGAGCAUUUCUCGAAAGAAAAAUUAAUUUUGGCCUGAACAGAAACGCAAGGUGAAAUUGUUGACAGACGUUGACUGGGGAAUACAGAUUGAGAGAAGAGUAGGCUAGUCCGAACGGGUGCGGAUACAGGGUUGCUGUUUUGACGCUCUGUUCCCCUCUAUUUCCUGAUACCAGGCCCUGGGAUAAUCCGAAGAGUGCACCGGAUAUUGGGAAAACCACCCCUCUGAGGCUAUAACGGAAUAUUACUAUUCAUAUAGUCUAGAGGAGGGAGCAGAGACUACAUACCAAAAUGGGACGAAAGGAGGUGGACGGAGUCUAAAAGAUGUUAUGAUGACAAAUUUCAUUAUUAUGUUGUUCUAAGGAUCACUGAUGACAGUAUCGGAUGUAGGCUAUGAGGUGCAGAAGUGUGUGUAAUCUAGCGAUUACAUGGAGCCUAUCUGAUGAAAUAGUUUUUCAUAGCCUAUUCCAGCUGCUUACAGCUAUCUGUCUGUACCAAUAUUAACAAUAGGACACAUUUAUUUCGUAUAUUGCUAAUAAUAAUUGUAAUUCAAAAUAACUGCCAUCAGUUUGGACUUCUCAAAUAUGCACCUAUCAUAAUCUCCCUACGAAUUUCCCUCUUCCACUUUCUAACAUCCCCUUAUUUCAUUCCUGCUUAGUCCAUUCACGGUCGUUGAUACAUUCACGGUCGUUCUUAAUAAGGUUACCGAAUUUAUAUCACGGAAAAUGUAUGCAAUAUCCGCAUAGAAAAAGGCAAGUGCAUGGGAGUAGCCUAGCGGAGACUAUAGGCCACGAAAUUGUAAUCACGACCACAACCGCUCUCUCUAUUCAUCCCUGUGACAACAUCGCUAGGCGUCUGUAAUGUUAUUACGGCGGUGCCGUUCUGCCCCGAGGACCGAUAGCUAUAAAUUCCUCUUGAUAAAAACAGUGAGUUGAUCUCCUUAUCAUAAUAUAAUUUCGCUUUCAACGCACGGACAUCAUGACUAGCAAGGAGCUGUCCGUAGGCCAGUCGGCCCAAUACGUCGGGCCUUACCGGCUGGAGAAAACCCUUGGGAAGGGGCAGACAGGUUUGGUGAAGCUGGGAGUCCACUGUAUUACGGGACAGAAGGUGGCCAUAAAGAUUGUAAACCGAGAGAAGCUGUCUGAGUCUGUCCUUAUGAAGGUGGAGAGGGAGAUAGCUAUUCUAAAACUAAUAGAGCACCCUCAUGUGCUGAAGCUGCAUGAUGUUUAUGAGAAUAACAAAUACCUGUAUCUGGUGUUGGAGCAUGUCUCAGGAGGAGAGUUAUUUGACUACCUGGUGAAGAAGGGCAGACUGACGCCUAAAGAGGCCAGGAAGUUCUUCAGACAGAUCAUCUCAGCCCUGGACUUCUGCCACAGCCACUCUAUAUGUCAUAGAGACCUGAAGCCUGAGAACCUGCUCCUGGAUGAGAAGAACAACAUCCGUAUCGCUGACUUCGGCAUGGCCUCCCUACAGGUGGGGGACAGCCUGCUAGAGACCAGCUGUGGAUCUCCUCACUAUGCAUGUCCAGAAGUUAUCAGGGGGGAGAAGUAUGAUGGUCGCAGGGCAGAUGUAUGGAGCUGUGGUGUCAUCCUCUUUGCACUGCUGGUGGGAGCUCUACCCUUUGACCAUGACAACCUGCGCCAGCUCCUUGAGAAGGUGAAGAGCGGGGUGUUCCACAUGCCUCAUUUCAUCCCCCCAGACUGCCAGGCCCUGCUCAAAGGAAUGAUCGAGGUCAACCCCGACAAGAGACUCACGCUAGAAGCAAUACAAAAACACUCCUGGUAUCUUGGUGGUCGUAAUGAGCCGUGUCCGGAGCAGCCUCCUCCCAGGCGUGUGUGUGUGAAGAGGAUUGUGUCGCUGACCGAGCUGGACCCCGAUGUACUGGACAGCAUGCACUCUCUGGGCUGCUUCAGAGACCGGGGAAAACUGACCCAGGACCUGCAGUGUGAGGAAGAUAACCAGGAGAAGAUGAUCUACUACCUCCUCUUGGACAGGAAAGAGCGUUACCCCAGCUGUGAGGACGAAGACCUGCCGCCCAGGAACGAUAUAGGUCUCCCAGCAGAUCCCCCUAGGAAGCGGGUGGACUCUCCCAUGCUGACCCGUCAUGGCCGGUGCCGGCCGGAGAGGAAGAGUCUGGAGGUGCUGAGUGUGACGGAGCAGGGCUCCCCCACACCCACGCGCAGGGCGCUGGACACCUCUGCACACAGCCAGAGGUCUCGUUCUGUCAGUGGAGCUUCAACAGGGCUCUCGUCAAGUCCCCUCAGCAGUCCCAGGAGCCCAGUUUUCACUUUCAGCCAAUCAGAAGUCACCUCCGCCUCCACCACCCACUCCAAAGACCCCAAACCAGGAAGUGCAACCACUCCCCGGCCGACACAACGGACGACCGUGCCUGACCCCAAAACCCAGACCCUACCCUCCAAAGGGCUCUCUGAUCGCCCCCACUUUCAGUCCAUGAAGUCACUACCUCUCCAAGCUCCCCCCUCUCCGUCCCCCUCACCCAUCCUCUCCCCCAUCCCUCGCUUCUUCUUUUUCCCCGCCCCCUCCGUCUUUAAGUCGGUCACUAAGAGCACCUAUCCUAACUCUGCCCCUGUGCCACAGGUCACCCCUCAGGGGUCUCCACUCCCCACCCCCCUGGGCACCCCCGUCCACCACCCCCAGCACCCUCCGCCCACUCCUCCCUCUUCCUCCUCUUCCUCUUCCUCCUCGCGGGCGGAGGGAGGCGGCGGGGGCGGGGGUGGAUCCCUCUCCCUUACCCCACCCUCAAGCCCCGGAGGCAGCGGGGGGAUGGCCGCCAGUAGCUCUGCCCACUGGAGGACACGCCUCAACUCCUUCAAGAACAACCUGCUGGGAUCGCCACGAUUCCACAGACGCAAACUGCAGGUUCCAACACCGGAGGACAUGUCCAGUCUAACUCCAGAAUCAAGUCCAGAGCUGGCCAAGAAGUCGUGGUUUGGGAACUUCAUCAGCCUGGAAAAGGAGGAACAGAUAUUUGUUGUCAUUAGAGACAAACCACUUAGUUCCAUCAAAGCUGAUAUAGUCCAUGCCUUCUUGUCUAUCCCGUCCCUGAGUCACAGCGUCGUCUCCCAGACCAGCUUCAGAGCAGAGUAUAAGUCCUCUGGCGGCCCCUCCGUCUUCCAGAAGCCCGUUAAGUUCCAGGUGGACAUCGCCUUCUCUGAGGGAGAGAGGGAGAGAGAGAGGGAACGAGCCGAGAGGGAAGGGAAGAGAGAGAAUGGCAUCUACAGUGUGACUUUCACCCUCAUAUCAGGUCCAAGUCGCAGGUUCAAGAGAGUGGUGGAAACGAUUCAAGCCCAGCUACUUAGUACUCAUGAUCAGCCAUCUGUGCAGGCACUUGCUGAUGAGAAGAAUGGGCAACUGACCUCGCGUCCGCCCGGCACCCCGACCCGGCAAAACUCCCGACGUUCGGAAGGAGGUGGGGACCGGGGGGAGAGGUGUGAGCGUGGUGACGCAGGGAUAGGGGGCAGCGGGAGCGUACUUCAAAGGAGGGGCUCGGGCAAAGACAAGACCAGACUCCUUUCCUCCAACGGGACACAGUCCCAGCCCUGAGGGAACAUUGUGGAAACAGACAUCAACAGGACACGAUAGGGCAGAAAGAUAAAGAGAGAUGACCCUAGAAAACAACACAGACAAACCCCCUCAGACUACCACCACCACCACCACCACCGUCACAUCUACCGAACCAUCUGACCCAGCAAUCAUCAUUACAAACCACUGCUUCAACCUGAAACGGGCCCAAGAAGAUAGUUGGCCACCAAGAUAGAAGAAAGAAAAGACGAGAGGAAAACGCAGUGUCGCUCAUAGAUUCGCUUCAGAAGAGAAGCCAAGCUCAGAAGAAUGUCUAAUUGUGCAUUUGAAGUACAGUGCAUCAUGCAACUGUCAACAACAAUAUGUAGCCAGUAAAAUAAUCAGGCAGACUUAUAUGGGGAAUGGCAGGCUCUGAAUGGUUAAAAGCUAAAUAGAUUUUUUUUUAAAGUUAUCCGGUCUACAACCAAUAAAAUGAAAGCUCUUUGUGGAAAUUCAGAAAUUAUAUCAACAAUUAUAACAGUGUUUCCCAGUUGACGCGGAUCCACUUUUAAGUUUUACCUAACAUCGCUUUUUGAGUCAGUGAGAGUGAAAUAUUAUGGGUCAAGUCAAUUUAGUGGAUAUCAAGAAAACAGACAGGUUGGGUCCUUUAACUGGAUUCUCAGUAACGAUAAGUUACGAGAACAGAAACAUGGUAGAAUUUAAGAUAAUGAUGAGGAAGACUGCAUCAAAAUCAGAAUGAAGCGUCCAAAUGCAUCUUUGCAACCAAGUAGCUCCAAAGAUGUCAAUACAGCUAUUUGAACAAAAUAAAGACAAAUAUCUGUUUUCUCUAUAACUAAGCACCACACUUGUAUGAUUCCUAAAAUACAAUUCAAACAAACCAUCUUGCCUUUAAAUUAGGAUUAAGCAACGGAUAUCUCUACAGAUAUCACCCAAGUUGAAGAAAAAGAACAGACAAGGCAUGGAAGAAAGUCUCAACGCCCCCACUACAACUGACAUCUGGAACAUGGAGAGAUUUCAAACAGAUAAUGGAACGAUAUAAUUAGAAUCAUUAGAGUAAUUCUAAUACUAUGAAUGGAACCCUCAGCAGAUACUUUGAAUGAUGAGCACUUCAGCCCAAUGGAAGAUGAAGAUGUUGUAGUUCACAGCAAGUUACCUUCAUCAGUUGUGUUCAUUCCAAGAGGACUGAACCAAGCCCUCCACAUCCAUUAUUGUCUUCUACAGAAACCAACCAACCCUCCCUACUCCCUUCCAUUUCCAAUAUGGCCGACAUGGGGCACUGAAUGAUGCGGCUUUUAAAAAGGCCUACACAUCUAAAAUGACUUGUUCUGUCCAGAGAGCAGAAAGAGGGAGGUGAGGAGGUAGAAAAGCUAAUUUCAAGAAACAAAAAGAGAGACUUUGACUUAAGGAUGACAGAGAGAAAAACAUUGAAACCGCUGCAUACUCAUUCCCAGAAGAGGAAAGAAACAGACCACACACAAAAAAGAAUGAAAUCCAUUUAGUUUUUUGUUUCCUUUUUCCUUUUGUUUAUGUGAUUUGAGCGCAAAUAAGUUUGAUGUUUGCCGCCAAACAAAAUGGAGGAUAACGCUAACCAAGUGAAUGUCAAAAACAAAAAACACUAUUGUAAAAGUAAUUAUUUAUUUUAUUUAUGUCAUAGAUUUAUUUAAUAUUUAUUUGUUGAUUUAUGUAUUGUAAAGAGGAAAGAUAGUGGAAAGGGAAGAUGCUAAAGAAUAGAGGUUAAAGUUCUGUUGGAAUAUUGGAACAGCAUUGAAACUGACAAAAUGGCUGCUGUAGUUGAAACCAGAUUGAACCGUCUUUUCCACCUUUUGAUGUAUUUUUUUUUUCUGUCUUUGUUUGGUAUAAUGAAGAUGAUUUCACAUUUAAAGCAACAAAACACAUUUUAAGAAAUGAACCAAGGAUAGAUUUGAUGCUUAGGGAAUUUCUGGGAUGGCAAAAAAUAUGAAAAUCUUCCAUGAAGUAAAUAAAAUAUAAUCUCAUAGACACUUGAAAAAGCAGAGGAGAGCAGGAAGGGUGGGGGUAGUAAUCUCCAAUUCCUUCCCUGUCAUAUUCUGCUAGAAUGUUGUUACUUAAGGGUACAAAGAUAUGGACACACCACAUAAAAACACUGACUGAGGGCCCAACCCCACGUGCAGAACACAAGCAGUAUUCACACACACACGGACCCUCCGAAAACAGAAACCCUCCUGUUCUUUCAGAGAAAAAAAAACUAUUAAAAACUGGACCUUAAAAUUGGAAUGCACUGUCCUAAAAGACACAAAACAAAUAAAGUAGUUUCCCCCUACCAUCCCUUCGCCCUUGGCCACUGACAUAACCCCCCCACCCCCUUCAUUACGACCCCCUCACACCCCUUCCCCUUGCACAGAGCACCAAAAGAAAACGCAGGUUUCGUUCUAGUCACUCCCUAGUCCCUUGUCGUCAGUCGACACCUUGUUGUUUCAUGCCACUGCCUUUAAGCCCCUAUUAUCAAUCUCACCCUGCCGCCCCUAUUAUCAAUCUCACCCUGCCUCACCAUUCCUUGGCUGUGACCACGACACAGUAACUAAGACUCAUCGCCGCACGGUAUACCACGUCCCCAUCAGCCAUCAUCACACUUCAUAUCAGUCAGAGUCAACACACUGCUACCAUAGCACACAGCUGCUCGUACAGCAAACAAGGCGAUUCUGUAGCUAGGAGACGUAGAAUAGUAGGUUAUUGUAACUCUUUACUUAGCAUAAUCUCUGUCUAUAUCGGCUGUACUGUACACUUCAUUGGUGUGAAACAGCUAUUUACCAUGAUAACGAAAAGAGUGGGAGGAAGUCUUCCUCUAUUUCCUUACCUGGGGCUUGUCUCGCUCCCCUUCCACACAGCAAAGAACAUGAUUAUAGGUUGUUGACUUGAGUAGCUCACCUCUCAUUGUAGCUCACGCUUCACUCAAGGACUUUUGGCAGGAAUCAUGUACCCAUUUUCCUACUAUCGUGCCGACCUGGACCGUACUGUGCUGUCUUAGAUAUUUUCCUUUCAAAUUGUCCUUUCCAGCAUGGUUCCAGGAACUAUUGUGAAUGUGUAACCAGGCUAGCCGAGCUAGUCGCCAAUUAAAUGCUGCAUGACCCUACUGGAAAGCAAUGUGGCCCCAUAGGUGAUGAUGACAGUGAAUGUUUUUUUACUGCAUUAAUAUAGGUGGCAUAUGAAUCCAGCACCGUCCUGCACAGAAUAGUAGUAGUAAGAGUUUGCAUAGCCAGGAAUGAGUUUGGGCGCCUUAAGAUGAUGCGUACGGAGGGAGGUACAUGCCUGUUAUAUUUGCUUGACCUGUCCGUGUGUGUGUCCCAUGUCUGUGUGAGUGUGUAUGUGCAUGACUUCUCCGAGCCCUCAUCCUCCCACCCGCCACAUUCUAAUGCUAGGUCAGAGGUCAGGGGUCAUUUGAAUGGGAGUGAGAUGUGACACAAGACAGUUUUACCUACGACCUCACAGUCUUUCAUUCUCCAUUAGCCCGUGCUAAAAACAAGAGAGGGAUAGUGGGAGACAGUGUUACCCCUAACAUUGUAUAGGUGGGGUAGGCCUCUCCCUGCCUAGCUCUGUUGCUCCACGUCUAAAAGAGUUUGGCUUCUAAUGGUUUCAAUUGGCGUUGUUGAGGCCAGAGGGCCUGGACGUUGCUGUUACUGAGAGCUUUUACGCCCGGCCUUGCCUCGCCUGAAAACAAAAACUAGGGGAAAUACUGGCUGGAGACACAACUAGAGCGAAACCCUUCUUAGACAUUCUGUGUAAAUAACCGUUCAAAGUAAACAAUGGGAUGAGGGGGAGACGUUUCACCCCCAUUGUGGGUGAAUCUUACAACGAAAAGGUCCCCUCUCUCUCCAACCACCCCAACUCCCUCCUUGCCCCCUCCUACACCCUCAUUAUCUCUUUGUAUCUCUUCUUGAACCCCCCCCCCACCCUCUCAUCCAGAUGAAAAUACCUCAACCCCACCCCAUCCUUAUAUAAUCACACCCCUCCCCAUGUCUCUGUCCAUUGUAUACAGUAAGUAUGAAACCAUAUCUUGAUUCUUUAUUCACACUGUACUCACAAUAUGAUUAUUGUUGUCAUCAUUAUUGAUCAUUCCAAGAUUGUAACCCCCCCCCCCCCUUCAUACACA